AUCAAAUCGGUCAAAUUAUAAAUGAAAAAUUGUUGUCAAAAAUGUCAAACAAGGAGUCAAGACGUGGCCCUUGUUUUGUUUGAGAUUUUAUUCAAAAAUUAGGAAAACAUAACGAUUCACAAAUAGGAAUACCCUUUCUCAGUCAAAAUGGGAUUGUGCAAAUGCCCGAAAAGACGUGUCACUAACCAAUUUUGUUUCGAACAUCGAGUAUGUGUCUGUGAAAACUGCAUGGUAACAAAUCACCCCAUUUGUGUUGUCCAGUCAUAUCUGCAGUGGUUACAAGACAGUGACUACAAUUCUAUUUGUGAAUUAUGCAGUAAAGACCUGAACAUUGAAGAUAGUAUUAGAUUAUCAUGUUAUCAUGUUUUUCACUGGUCUUGUUUGGAUCAUUUUUCAAGGCAGCUACCUCCCACAACAGCUCCAAGAGGAUACACUUGUCCAUCAUGCAAGAAUCCCUUAUUUCCUCCUCCAAAUCUGAUAAGCCUGGUUGCAGAUGUUCUUAGAGAGAAACUAGCUGGUGUUAAUUGGGCUAGAGCAGGUCUAGGUUUGCCACUGCUUUCUGAAGAUAGGGAAGUUGAACCUGUGGUAAAUCACAGCACACCAUCACCUAGAAUGACUCCUAGUCCAGCACAUUCUGUUGUUAAUGUGAAUGAAGAUCAUGGGGCAUUCAACAGAACUGACAAUUUUCAGAACUCAUCAAGUAGGAGGAUAUUCCAGGAUAUCAGAGAAAUCAAAUCAGUUACAUUUGACCAUGAUGAGGACAAAUAUAAGAGAAAAUCAUUGUUGGAACUGUUUGGUAACUGGUGGAAGUUAACUUUUGGCGCUUCUCCACGUGGAAGAGGGAGUAGGUCUGUUUGCAGAAGAUACUGUAUAUUUGGAACACUGAUCAUUUUAGGCAUCAUAUUGUUUAUGCUUAUAAUGUCUAGACUUGGCAAAUAUUCCAUAGAGAAUGAUCCUACCUUUGAUAUGGAUAGCAAUAGAUUCAUUAAUGUCCGUGAUUCAGAUACAUAAUUUUUUUAUAUAAACCACUAUGAUUUUAAACUAAGUAAAAAUUUAAUACUAUUGCAUAUUUAGCUAUGAUUUGUACAGAAUUUGUAAUAUAAUUAUCAUUAUGUAUUGUAAUAAAAUAUUUAAGUCUCUCA